CAAUUACACUUUGCAAAUUAAUCCGUUCUCGGGAGUAUGUAAUGAAGAACAUUUAAAUUACUUCAAAUUUAUUGGUCGCAUAGCGGGCAUGGCUGUUUACCACGGAAAACUGUUAGACGCAUUUUUCAUUCGACCCUUUUAUAAAAUGAUGUUGGCUAAACCUAUUGAUUUAAAAGAUAUGGAGAGCGUUGAUUCCGAAUAUUAUAAUUCGUUAUUAUGGAUCAAGGAGAACGAUCCCAGUGAAUUGGAACUUACAUUUUCUGUCGAUGAAGAAAGUUUUGGACAUACAUCUCAAAGAGAGUUGAAACCGGAUGGUGCUAAUGUACCAUUAACAAAUGAAAAUAAGGAUGAAUAUAUCGCUUUAGUUAUACAAUGGCGUUUUGUCUCAAGAGUUCAAGAACAAAUGAAUGCAUUUUUGGAAGGUUUUAAUGCUCUUAUACCACCAACGUUGGUAAAGAUAUUUGACGAACACGAAUUAGAAUUGUUGAUGUGUGGUAUUCAACAUAUUGAUGUACGAGACUGGAAACAGAAUACAUUGUACAAAGGAGACUAUCAUGCUAAUCACAUCGUUGUUCAGUGGUUUUGGCGAGUAGUGCUUUCAUUUAGUAACGAGAUGAGAUCCAGACUUUUACAGUUUGUAACUGGUACAUCAAGAGUACCGAUGAAUGGUUUUAAAGAACUUUAUGGUAGCAACGGACCGCAAUUGUUUACGAUUGAAAAAUGGGGUACUCCAGAAAAUUAUCCAAGAGCUCAUACUUGUUUUAAUCGUAUUGAUUUACCACCUUACGAAAGUUAUCAACAACUCAGGGAAAAAUUGGUAAAAGCGAUUGAAGGUUCUCAAGGUUUUGCUGGAGUGGAUUAGCACGAAAUACCCCUUUUCAUGAUGAUAUCUGUAAUAUAAUGUACAUAUAUACAAACAUAUGCAUACAUACCAAUGUAUACUGUCUAAUAUGAUUAACUAUUUAACAGGAUAUACAUUUUUCUGCACUCUGAAGACUUAGAUAUCUUUUGACUGCUCGUUACGACAUUGAGACAAAUCGGUGAAAAGUA